GUGUGUAACUAGUCAGCGGAGCCAGGGAGGCGUGCGAGCGCCCGCCCUGCGCUGCUCUGUCCUUGUUUCCGGAGUGGGUCUGGGAAGAUGCCCGUUUCCUUAGCUUCAGAGAGAAGCCCGGUUAUGUAACCGAGGCGGGACGGAGCCUCCCGUGGGCUGAGGUCUGGCGUUCACAGAGCUGCUUCUCACGGUGUGAGUUUGAAGCCUGGAGGAGCUCUCUGCUCAGCACAGCCCAGGACCAGAAGCGGAAGAAAAGCAGCCCUGUCGCAAGGCAGGUGACAAACAUUAUCACCCCAGCUGUGCACGAUGCAGCAGAUGCAGCCAGAUGUUCACAGAAGGAGAGGAAAUGUAUCUUCAAGGUUCUACCGUUUGGCAUCCCGACUGUAAGCAGUCUACCAAGACAGAGGAAAAACUGCGGCCUACCAGGACCUCCUCCGAGAGUAUUUAUUCUCGACCCGGCUCCAGUAUUCCUGGCUCACCAGGUCAUACUAUCUAUGCAAAAGUAGACAAUGAAAUCCUGGAUUACAAGGAUUUAGCAGCCAUUCCCAAGGUCAAGGCAAUUUAUGAUAUUGAGCGUCCAGACCUUAUUACCUAUGAACAUUUCUACACUUCAGGCUAUGAUGACAAACAGGAGAGACAGAGUCUCGGAGAGUCUCCAAGGACUUUGUCUCCUACUCCAUCAGCAGAAGGCUACCAGGACACUCGGGAUCGGAUGAUCCACCGAUCCACUAGCCAGGGCUCCAUCAACUCCCCUGUGUACAGCCGCCACAGCUACGCUCCAACCACGUCUCGGUCUCCCCAGCAUUUUCACAGGCCUGGCAAUGAGCCGUCCAGCGGCCGGAACUCCCCUCUCCCUUACCGGCCAGACAGCCGCCCUCUAACUCCAACAUACGCUCAGGCCCCCAAACAUUUCCAUGUUCCAGAUCAAGGGAUCAACAUUUACCGAAAACCACCCAUCUACAAACAGCAUGAUGCAGCUGCCCUGGCAGCCCAGAGCAAGUCUUCAGAAGACAUCAUCAAGUUUUCCAAGUUCCCAGCAGCCCAGGCUCCAGACCCCAACGAAAUACCAAAGAUUGAGACAGACCACUGGCCUGGUCCCCCCUCACUUGCCACCAUAGGAACUGAUACAAGACGCAGAUCUAGUGGCAGAGAGGAAGAUGACGAGGAACUUCUGAGACGCCGGCAGCUUCAAGAAGAGCAGUUAAUGAAGCUCAACUCAGGCCUGGGGCAGUUGAUAUUGAAAGAAGAGAUGGAGAGGGAGAAGGAGAGCCGGGAAAGAGCCUCUCUCGCAGCCAGUCGCUAUGAUUCUCCCAUCAACUCAGCUUCACAUGCUCCAUCAUCUAAAACCUCAUCCCUCCCAGGCUAUGGCAAAAAUGGGCUUCACCGGCCUGUUUCCACAGACUUUGCUCAAUAUAACAGCUACGGGGACGUCAGCGGUGGAGUCCGAGACCCUUCCAGAUGGCCACAUGCCUGGAAUGCGGAUGGACCGAGGAGUGUCUAUGCCCAACAUGUUGGAACCAAAGAUAUUUCCAUACGAAAUGCUCAUGGUGACCAACAGAGGGCGCAACAAAAUCCUAAGAGACGUGGACAGAACCAGGCUGGAGCGCCACUUAGCCCCAGAAGUGUUUCGGGAAGUCUUUGGAAUGUCUAUACAGGAGUUCGACAGGUUGCCUCUUUGGAGACGCAACGACAUGAAGAAAAAAGCAAAACUCUUCUAACUUCCACGGGUAGACAGCAAUUAGAAAAAGGAGUGACUGUGGCAGGGACACAUAGGAUGUUGUAUUAAGGCUCAAAACUUGAUUGGAGAAUUUGCUAACUACUGUCUCUCAGCAACAAGAAAAAGGGAAAAAUCUGAUUAAAACACCCACAAGCCGACUCUUGGGCCAACUAACAACAACACUUGCCAAGAAGCCAUGGGGUAGAAAUCUCUGUGUUCUCAAACUCAACAGUGAUGUUCACAUGUGACCUUUUACAUGACCUUACAUACACAACAGGAGCUACUUUCCUUUGUUUUUCUUUAACUGUUGUCCAACAGUCAUGCUGACUGUAAGGAGAAGAGCCAGCAAGUGCCCUUAGGAUGCCACAUGGAAAGAAAAAAAAAAAAUCCCAGUUGUAAGAACUCCAAGGUGUGAGUAUUUAUUCUUUAGUAGUGUGGCUGGGAAGAGAGAGCCCCAGGACCUAUCCAUGUGGCUGCAGCCAUUCUGCACAAGCCUUUCCUUCUGGCCUCGUGCAGCUCUGCCCACGCUCAGCGGGAAUGGAAACCAGAGUCCGGCAGCUGGGCAGCUAUGUUUGAGUUUCAGCAAAAGUUGUUUUUAACAAGCUCCUUGUUCUCUACUGUCUGCUAGGAUGUGGUUGGCAAAGGACUUGGCUGGUUUUUUUUUUGUUUUGUUUUAAGAGAAAGAAAAGGAGUGAAAAGAAAACCUCCUUAACAGUUUUCUGCUUGAGAUAGUAUGCUUAAUUCUUCCUCCCCACCAAGAACUAGGAGAUAUCUUGAGCCCCACCUUUGCAAAGAAAGGAGAGGGAAAGACUUUCUCCAGAUUAGCCAGGUUGCUGAUGUUUGCAGCCAUGUUUGCCAGGGGCCGCAUCACUCUUGGCAAAAAAAAAAAAAAACAGAAACAGUUGUGUGUCCUAGCAAUGCAGAUUCACCAACGCAGCCCCUCUGCUCUGUACCUGGCUUCCUGUGACUCAGAUCAAGCCCAACACUGAUCUUGGUUUUGAAGGUCAGUUCAGUAACAGGCUAGGGAAAGGCACAUUUUUCUCUUUUUCAAAAUCCCUGCAACUCCAAAGUAGAUUGCGUCAAAAUGGAUUUAAUUUGGCCUUUCAGCUCUUCGUCUUGCCUAGCCGAGUCUGUGUCUCUGCGUGUGUGUGUGUGUGUGUAACUGUGUGUAACUUACCCAGGGUAAUUGCGUGAAGUCUGCAUUUGCUUUUCAGUCUCAUUUCUGCCUGAAUGUUUGUCCCGCUGUGCUGACCCUUCUAAGGGACAUCUGCAUAGAUGCGGGCACACAACUCAAAGAUCUAGAUGAGGCUAAACUGCUCAUGCCCAACGCUUCCCAACGCUGCCUCCUACACAGAAGGGGGGUGCUUAGCCAUGCACCAAAGUAGCUAGUGUCGGGAUCAGACUGAAGACCAUAGAUGUAGUCCAGGCCGUGUGUGGGGAUCAGAGCAUCUCAACCGAGUCUUCAAAUUCAGCAACACGAGAUUCAAGUCCGGGCCUAAGGUUUCAUCAGCACACGUAUAUAAGACCCCAGUGUGAUUCCAGAAGGCUUCUCGCUAUGACUCAGAUAGGAAGCGAGCUGGAUAAGGAGGGUCUCUCAACUCCACACACACACGGAGAAAAGUUAAGCCACAUUUAUUCUCUUGCUUUGGGGCUCUGCUUAGGAAUUUAAAGCUCUGUUUUCAAGCCAAAGGAGAAAGCAUUUGAAUUCACCUGCAUCAGUCACUGACAAAAGCUUAGAAAUUCUUCCUACUGGCACCAAGUAUUAGGAUUGCUAGCUGUCUAGCUGACGCUAAUGGUAAAAAGCAAGUAGAAUAUUUCCGGAGCCUGAGCUGCAGACCUACAACUGGCAGCACACGCCUGCACCCUGGGUGCUGGACUGGACACUAAUUGCUUUGCAGCAUUCUCCUGCCUACUUGCAGGAGGAAUCGACGUUUGCUUGCCUUUGCAGUGCUAUGCACUGAAUGUCUGAGAACCGUUCUCACGCAUACGUGUGUGCACAUGCGCACACGCACACUCAUGGUGCACGCAUGUGCGUGCAUUGGACGGGUUGGUGAUGAGGAGAUGAGACCAGCCCCUGCUGGACCUGAAGCCCAGCUGCAGCUUGCAGCAUUGCCUCUUCACGUAUCACUUCUGUCUUGCUUCAUCCGGUAUUUUUGCUGUCCCAUCUUCUCUCUGAGCAAUCCUACAUUGGCAGCCUUGGCCCGAAGCCUGUGUGUCCUGUCCUUGGGUUCCUGCCCUCCAGGCUUCUUACAGGGUGUGAGGGUGUGGGGAAUAGGGACCACUAUACCCCAGCCUUUCCCUACGACAGUCAUUAACAAUGGUGGCCGAGGGGGUCCCAGCAAUCAGCUGGCAGAGAAGUUCUUUUCAUUAUGGAUACCAUAAAGGGCCUCCAAGAUUUUCAUGAGUUAAGGAGGCCUGACGCAAGUAUACUUUGCAGAUCAGACGUCAGUGUAGGAAAACUCAAGGUAUUUGGGAAACAUGGGCACAAUCAGAUGGUUUUGCUAAAAUUCCUGCCCAUUGGUCUGUUAGUAGCUGCGUCCUAGGAUCAGGACGUUAGUCUGAAGAAAACGUCAACUUCCUUAUGUUGCAGAGACACUGAGUUAAGGGGCCUGCCCAAGAUGGCAGUGAUAGUCAAAAGAGCUAAGCUCUGAAUCUGCUCCCGUUAAUGAAACUACUUUUCUUGUAUCUUUUGAACUCAGUUCUGUAUCCAGCUUGAGGGGGAAAAAAAGACUUGUCUCAAUAUCAAGCAUACUACCUAAUUUAAACUACCCCACAGAAAAACACAUUGCCAGAAAAUACCAGUAGCUUCCUGUCUACAAGCUGAGCAGUACUCUGCUCUGGGGGGGGGACAUUGGACACCAGAACGCAGUAGAAGACUCCAGCUGGGAGAACAGGUCAUGGGGCAGCCUGGUUCUCCUAACCCCCAGUCCAAUGUAUGGGCUAUAAUUCUCUCUCCAUGAUGUGAGCCCAGGCUCAGCAUGUGUGUCCUCAAAAUGUCCAGGCCACAGUACAGAACAUUCAUGUUCUCAGCUUAAACCUUGCCCCACACUGCCUUUCACAUUCAGAUUGGGAACACAGGUUGCCAGGGUAGGUCACUCGGAGGAGGAAUUCUGUCCUCAGCGAGCUUCCCUUGUGCAUCUAUAAAGGGCUACAUUCUUGAGCAUUCAGUGUACUUGUGACUGUUUAAGGUCACAUCUCAUGUACGCCUCUGUGACUUGUAAAGUCAGAGAUGUGACAGAUACAUGAGAUACACGAUACAUGAGAUGUGAGAGCCAGUGCUUCCUUUCAAGUUUCUUCCAGAAAAGCCAGGAUAUCAUGUAGUCUUCCCAUGUUAUUAUAUCACAGGAAUAACGUUUGGAAACUCGUGCAACUUUGCAUCCACACUUUGCUUUGGGGUGAGUUAUGAGGUGUUCUUAAUAUGACUUCUUUCAAAACUAAGGAUAGCCGGUUCUCUGAAACUAGAAAAGCUAAGUAAUAGGUAAUAAGGUGCAAAAAAGAAAAAAAAAAGAGUUUUCUAUCUGUGAUGUUCUCUCGUCUCUCCCUGCCUCCCCACUCCGCCUGAAGUCUGUUAUUUCCAAGUCAAGUUUCCUCUUCAAGGGAGGGCUGGAGCAGUUCUCUUUUUCAGCUCUCUUCCUCCCCCCGCCCCAGUCAGGUUACAUCAGUCAACUUGACUUGGAGCUGUCGAACUGGUAAUGUUGAUAAAAACUUUCGCCUAAUUUCUUUACACUUUGAAGCAAACACCUUUCUCUAAACAGUUGCUUUCUAUAUGCUUUUGCAAAUUAAAAAAAAAAAUCAAAUUAACCACUUUUGAGUAGAUAGAUCUUUUUAAAAACCUUGGUGCCAGCCUUCUCUGUCAUGUUGAUGCGACAGGUGGCAACACCAGGCUCCGUGCUCACAGCACCUUACCUGAUUCUCAUGAAAGGCGGUGGAAGGAAAAUGAACCCCGCGUCAUCAGCCCCUCUCUGCCCCCUGAAGCAAGCUCCGUUUCUGUAAAUCAUCUCUUUGUAUCUCUAGAAGGGAUUUCAUCUGUACUUCCAAUGGCAGCCCUGAUUGUAUUUGACUUUUACAAUUGUCUUCUUUUGAGGAGCCAAGUGUUCAUCAGUGUGCCCUAAAAUGCACUCUUCAUUGUUCCCUCUCAAAGAACUUUCCAGAAAAAGAGAUAGGGCUUGAGAUUUGCAAUGAUACCACCUUAUGGUGACGAUACAUAUAAUGGGAACUACCUUGUGACAAGAGAAACUUUUCUGUUUGGCAUUUUUUUUUUUUUAAUUGUUUUUCCAUCUGCUGACCAGGAAGCAGUGGAGAGAUGGUGACCAAUAUGCUUUGCAUAUGGAUUUUUGUAUUUUCAUUUGGUCUGGUUGAAUUUUCGGCAAACUCAAAUGGACAGGGAAAGGGAGGGGGAGGGGAAGGGUGGUCAGUUUAAGCUGAAAGAAACUUUCCAAACUGUGUGUGUGUACGCUGCAAAAUUAAAUGACUCCAGCCUUUUUGAAGCUUAGUGUAAUUGAGUGCCAUUGUUAUCAUUAAUUAAGAUUUUUUCCAAAAGUGUCUCUCGUGAGAGUGAAAUACCCAUGAGUCACUUCCUGAACCACUGACCCAAGGUGGGAGGAGAUGAUACUCUACGGGUUGACUCAGAAAGGCGAUGAGCCGCUAAGUGAUUAUAUCUGCAUAUGUUGCUUUACCUGGUGGAAGAGAAGACGAUUGUCCACAAAACGGAUGUUCUUUCUGGGUGUUGUAUACAGACCUGUCCACUCAUCAUGUGUGUAAUACCUGUGAGUCGCUGACAACCCUGCAUCAAAGCUGUCCCAGGUUUUUCAUUUCAAGUUGGGUUUGUGGAUUUUUUUUUUUUCAAAGUUUGGAAGGCAUACAGUUCUUUCCCUCCUUCCUCUUUCAAAAUAUGAAAGCAAAUAUUUGGAAGAACCCCGUUUUGAAAGCUGUGUCGUGUCCCCUGUGAAAGUGAGUGGUUGUCUGUCUGCGCCCUGAGUACCAAGUGCUUGUCCGCAGGGGAGGAGGUAGCCUGCCAGGCUCCAGGUUGCUGUGCUUUACAGCCGCUCACCUGCCUACGCUCCUGUUGCAAGCAGCACUUAACUGCACUUCUUUGCCGUUGUACUCCGCACCACUGUUGUACUCAGAGCAACGCAAUGAAUAAAGUUGUGCGCUUUAUUCGUAAA